AUGACAUGGGGCAAAGUGACUGGCGUGAAGACGAGUUAUAAACAGACGGCAGUCAAGGAUCUGGACGAGCAUAUACCAGGUGGAGCGGGUAAAGAGAUUGGCGAAAUGUACCAGUUUAGCUUAGACUUUGCGUAUAAUGCGUUUCAGGCAGAUACGCUGAAGGCGUGGGAUUUGGAAAAGACGGGCAUACACGUGCCGACUACAUGUCUGCGAGAGUAUAUCGAGCCUGAGGAUUGGAUAGCCGCUGGCAUCGUGACAGGUUGAUAAUAUGUUGAGGCGACGCAAGAGCACUGAAUAUGAUCCACUCGAGCAAUGCGUCCAUCAUGUCUCGAGCACUCUUCAGUCAACGGAAGAAGAAAGUAAUCAAGGCCAAUGGAUGUCCCAUGACAUCAAGUCGAUCUUGAGUGUGAAGCUUGAGGAUGUUAGAUAUUGCGUAAACGAUAGCUGCUGGGCGAUGACAAUUUGCACGUGUUAGAG